CUUUCAUCCCGGGUCAUCGCAUACACACCGCAGCCCGGCUAUGGAGGCAGCUUAAUUGGCAGCACACUCACGACAACUGCGGCUAACACGACUUCAAUAUUUGCUUCUUGGUGCUCUAUCCGGGUACAUCUUAUCUGUACAUUUUGGCCUAUCCAUUCACCCCGGCAUAAUAUACCCCGUCUGCAAAAACACAGCUUCCAUAUUACGUCCGCGGCACUCCCGCGCUUCGUAAAAUGGAUCACAGCUUCCACGGGCGCCCACCAACCCGCCGUCGCACUGCUCUCGGCGAUGCCACCCUACGUGCCAACGAGGACCACCGUUUGCGCUCGCCGCGGAGCACUGGCGACAAGCUCAAUUCCCUUCACGUCCCGACCUCCUCACCGAACGCGCUUCCACAUAAUGAGUCUCUUGUGCCUAAUGGCACACUCACAGUCCGGCACGAGGCACACACAUCGCCAUCACCUCAGCACAAACGACUCUCUGCCGUGAUGGACGAGUGCCGGCCCCGCAACACCAAGCGUGAUUCAGAGAUAUCCAAUGCCAGCACGACCGCGUCCACCGGUGGUCGUCGCAAGACACACAUUGGGCCGUGGCAGCUGGGCAGGACGGUCGGGAAGGGCGGCUGUUCUCGCGUACGUGUUGUUCGACACAGUGGUACUGGGAUAUAUGGGGCCGCCAAAAUUAUAUCGAAGGCGACUGCAGAGAAGGUACGGGCCUUAAGUAUGGCAAAUCUGUGUGACAGCGCGCAAUAUGACCCGACUCUCUUCACAGACGGCAAGGUCAUACCCCUAGGGCUGGAGCGCGAGAUCUGCAUCAUGAAGCUUCUGGAUCACCCUUACAUUGUGAAGUUGUUCGACAUCUGGGAGAACCGGAACGAGCUCUACCUGAUUAUGGAAUACGUUGAAGGCGGUGAACUCUUCGGCUACAUCGGUAAGAACGGUGGGCUUGAAGAGAGUGAUGUGGUACAUAUCUUCCGGCAAAUCAUCGCAGCCCUGUGGUACUGUCACCGACUCAACAUUUUUCAUCGUGACCUGAAGCCAGAGAACAUCUUGCUAGACAGGGAAACCAUGACAAUAAAACUAGUGGACUUCGGGAUGGCCGCACUACAACCGCAUGGCAAGAAGCUGACCACGCCCUGCGGCAGUCCUCACUACGCUGCGCCUGAAGUGAUCGAAUCUCGGUCAUAUGAUGGAGGGAAGGCUGACGUCUGGAGCUGUGGCGUUAUCCUCUACGUCCUUCUCACAGGCAUGCCGCCCUUCAACUAUGACGGCCACGACGGAGAGCACGAAAAUCUGAAGCCUCUUUUCCAAGCGAUAACCCGUGCAGAUUAUGUCAUGCCAGAUUACCUUUCUUGGGAAGCGAAAGAUCUGAUUCGAUCCAUACUUGUGCCGAAUCCCAAGCGUCGCAUAUCGAUAGAGAAGAUCUGGGAGCACCCCUUUAUGCGAAAAUACGAUCGAAAAUUGGGAUUCCAUCGCACCAAAGAGCACGCUAACUCAUGGAUUCGUCCACACGCACCUGUUGAAUGGAAGCCUUUGACCCGACCCACGAUUGACCGCGAAAUUCUACGCUAUAUGCGUACUCUUUGGCAUAGCGAGAAGGAAGAGACCAUCAUCCGACGCCUUCUCAAUGAUGAUGCUACAAACCACGAGAAGUACUUCUAUGCUGCCCUCCAAAAGUACCGAAACGAGCAAAUCGAGAAUUACAUGCCUAGUCCUCACCAUGCCGUGGGUUACUCGCACAGCGACCAUCAUCAUCAUGCACGACGUUCACCAACCGCGAAGGGCAUGCUGGCGCUACCGUCUAAGAAUCACAAGCGUUCACAGUCGGGAUACUCGAUAUUGAAUGAUGAGCACUUAUAUUCCCAGCACAGCUUCUAUGAGCCGCCUCCGACCGAGGUCAGCUACGACCCGUUCAGAGCAUCCCGGGAGCCAGUUCUUCCCAAUCAGGAUCUUCAUCAGAAUAUUACAGUACAUCGAGGCUCAAGCUCCACCAGCCGAAGGAUGAGACCGACUACGGCUUUGGGACAUCGGACAGGUAGCUCGUUGCGAGUGCAAGCCCUCACCAACUCAAAACGAGGGUCAGUACUGACACGCACUUCUUCAAAGCGAAGCACGCCUUCACAUCGGUCUGCACAUGUUCGACGGAGCUCUGUGUCGCGCUCUUCUCUGGCGAGCUCGUAUCUUCCCAGCAGCCCACCGGUUUUUGUUCGACCCAAAACUUCAGUCCGGCGAGGUGUGAGUUUUUCCCACUUAAGACGGUCUUCCGUAGCCACCACGCAUACAGAGGAGACUCCAUCUAUACAGUGUACACCCAAGCAAGGAGAAUCUUCUAGCUCUCGCCGAGGCUCUGUUGGAUCAUCUCUGCGGUCAGGUAGACCUAGUACCGUUGGCAACUCACCAUCUGUGCGACCGCUACCGAAAGUUGCAGCGCGGCCCGUGGUCCCACGGCUACGUGUACGUAAAGCGGACAGCCCUAGCAAAUACAUACAGAGCGCAGCGCGCAAGGUCAGCACUGAGCUGGAGAAACACAUGGACGAGGCCUUUAACCGGUCUUCGAUCGGCUCUAGCGUUCGCACCUCAACGACAUCUGAUCCGCGCAAGGAUGCCUCCGGGUUUGACACACCUCCAACUACCUUCUCAAACCGAGAUUCCAGUGCUACGGGCUCAGAAACUCCAGAGCACAAGGCGAUGUACCAGCAUCGACCACUUCCAGCGAUUCCUAACGAGACACCCAAUACGUUCCUUCAACGGAAACUUGCUGAAACCCGGGCGGAGAUCGCUCGUCGACUCGAAGAGAGCGGUGAUAGCACCGAACACUUCAAUGAAGUGAUUGAGAAUUUGGACCGUCUCAUGAUGCCUGCUGUUCAUGUUGCGAAGCGUACCUGCUCAGCGCCUGCCAAAUCCCCUGAACAUCCUGUUCCGCUUCAUGUGAUCCCUGAAGAGGCGAAGGAAGACCGUUUUGAGCCCUAUGUCUCGAACUAUAGAGCUUUUACUGAGCCUUUUGGUGCUAGUGGUCACGGACGUCUCGCCGAUGAUUCGACCAUUCGUGUCGUGGAACAGUCGCCGACUCACAUUGCUCCGCUUUCCAUUAGAAAGAAGAGCGAGGCCGGACGCUCUACCAAGAGUGAGAAUUCUCCUCUAGGGUUACUUUGGCCCGGUCCUAUCCGCCACACCUCUGCUCCUUCGCGUCCACAAGCAGAGGCAGGUGCGCUCACAGUCCGAACGAACCAAUUUGCACAGUCGCAUGGCGCGCCAGAACAAGCGGAAACGAAGGAAGCUACAAUCAAGAAGAAGAAGUCCUCGUGGUUUCGUCGUACUCCAGAAGAGAGAGAGCGUCCUCAGGAGGCUCAGCCGAAGGCUGUGUCUGACCGGUUGCAGAUCCCAGAGGCAUGGCAAGGCUUGGACGACCGCAUCAAGGACGACCCCCCCAAAGCCAGUACUCCUGCCCCGGAUCUCAGCAAGCAAAGCACGAAGCACUCGGAUGGCAGUGCUAAUAACGAAUUCCCUAUGCGCGGCUGUGGCACAACCGUCGGUAAGAGCGAGGGUAGCGGAGCACUGAAGGGAUUCUUCGGUCUUUUCGCAAAGAAAUCGAAGGAAGGCAAGCGCCCGCUGGAGUUGGGUGAGUACAAUUUCAGCACGUCCUCAAUCCUAUCGAACUUCGACACAGAUAAUACUGGCGAAGCUCAAACACGCCCUGGUCCCCCGGACUUCCAGAUGAACUGGCUCUCACGCUUUCUCCACAUUAAGCCAGCUAGCCGUGCUCUAUGUUUCCAUGCCCGCCGUGGAAAGGUCCGACAAGAGCUUGUGUAUCUACUCCGUGACUGGCAGCGCUACGGUAUCCGAGACGUCACCUGCGACCGCAACACCAAUGUCAUUCACGCUCGCGUGGAUAAAAACAACCGCCUCAAUCUCAAGCCCGUGGCUUUUGUUAUCGAGCUAUUCGUUGUCCUUGAGGAUAACAAGCGCGCAAAUUUGUGCCUUGGGCGCUUCACCCAGACCCGCGGUGCCGCAUCCAGCUUCCGCCGAGCAGUCGAAGUCAUUGAGGAUAUUUGUCGAGAGAAACAUAUCCUUAUCGAAGACGAGCAGAAGAAGGCGGCUAUGUGUGAGAUUCUGAACUGA